GUAGAAGAAGACAAAGACGAGAGAGAAAGGAUCGCUAUUAUUCAGGAAACUUCAUUUUGCACUUUUUCGACGAACCUGAAAAAUCUUCAAUUUUAGAAUUAGUCAAUACCGGAAAAUUCCUGGGUUUUCUCUUGCUUCUGGAUUUUCUCAGGUCUCUAUCACAAAGGUGAUUCUACUGUGUAGGAGGAACAAGAGUUUUGCACCAAGAAGAGAGAGGAAGGAUUCUGGUUUACGGGAGCUAGUGAAAAUCUUCUGUGAAAUUGGCUUUCCUCUCUCAUUCUCUGUGAAAUUUGAAAGUAUUGAUUUCGAAGAUAUGGGUGCUUUCUGUUGUUGCUUUCAAGUUGAUCUCUUUGAGAGUUAUGUGAAUCCAAACACUUCCAUAACUAGGAACUGUCCUUGCCUUAAUUGCUUCCUCCAGAGUUUCAUGGAUUUGUAUGCUUCGUUGUUUAGUAGAGGGGGAAUGCAUCCAAUACCUUCAACUGUAGAGACAGCUACAGUGAUGAAUUCAACAACUGCACUUGAUGACUCUCUGUCUAGUGUAUAUCAUUCUCCUCCAACACCAUUGCCUUACGAUGCUGAUCCUAGGUACUUUCGUUUUGUUAAGGGCUCUAGUCAUUCAGGUGAAGAAUCAGAACCGUUAAGAGGUGAUACUGAAAUGAGUUCUGAAGCUUUGGGUGAUGGUGGAGCCAAGUGGAGUAAGUCUGAUUCUGAAGAUGGUUCGAAAGAAGUGUAUACGAAAGGUUCAUCAACCUUUACAAAGUCGAAAACAAUGCCGGGGAUAGAAGUUUAUUAUGCAGAUUCGGAUGAUGAAGAUAUUUGUCCAACCUGCCUUGAUGAUUACACUUUGGAGAAUCCGAAGAUAAUCACCAAGUGUUCUCACCAUUUCCACCUUAGCUGUAUUUAUGAAUGGAUGGAGAGAAGUGAAACUUGCCCCGUCUGUGGAAAGGUGAUGGCAUUUGAUGAAAAUGAAACUUCUUAGCAUUGUAAUAAAGACUUGCUCAAAGAACAUAAUGGCGUCUGAGUCCUGCUCAAAAGAAUAAACAGAGAGAAAUCACUUGUACAUAAAACUCCUGUGAAUAUCCAGAUGCCUUUUAACAGUAAAUAUGUGAUGUCUCUUAAUUUAUAGACUCAUAUAUCUUAUAUACAUUUAUAAAGCAAGACAAUGAUUGGAAGGAAAAGUAGUUUGAAUC